AGAAAUAUUUUUAAUUUGAUUGUAUGAGAAAUGCCGGACAAACCCGACAUGUUUUGCUUGAUAUGUGGCGAUAGGGCCACCGGCUAUCAUUUCGAUGGCUUGAGUUGUAAUUCUUGUAAAUCAUUCUUUAGAAGAACCGCACUUAUAGAUAAAAAAAAGUUGAGCUGCCAUUUGGCCGGCACUUGCGUUAUAACAAUGGAUAACAGGAAUUACUGCAAAGAAUGUCGUUUAAAUAAAUGCUUUUCAAUCGGAAUGAAAACCAGCAAAUUCUAUUCGGAUGAACAAAAAAGGCAAAGAAUUUCUAUCAUUGAAAACAAUAGGAAACUAAAGAAAUGUGAUGUCAAACAUAUGGGCACUAAAUCAGAGAUAAAUCAAUUCUUCGCAAACAGAUAUCACACCAAAUGC